UAUGUGUUUGUAUAGACCUGAUAAGGUUAAGGCUUUUGUGUGUUUGAGUGUGGCUUUCAAUCCUAGAAACCCUAUCAAGAAGCCACUUGAGACUUUGCGUGCCGUUUAUGGAGAUGAUUACUAUGUUGUUAGAUUCCAGAUUCAAUUGGAAUGACUAAGAAAGCUGCUACUCCGAUGAGAAAUACAGGCUCUUAUGCUGAGAAUCAUUCAAAAAGAAUUAACGAUCCUAGGCGUUCUAAGGAAUAUGUUGAUUCGAAGAGUAAACAACAAGAAAAAUUGAAAAAUGUUUCUCAAAUGGAGAAACAAAAGAAGAGAAAGGUUGGUGACAAUGUUGUUAAUGUUAGGGGCAAAAAAAUUGCUAAAGCCAAACGUAAUGUGGAUGAGGAUGAUGAUGAAGAGGUAUCUAAAUUUUUGGUUACCAAGCACCCUGCUGUGGCACCAUCUAUGUGUAGAUACACGAAUGUUAAUGUAAUGCAAGAUAUUAGAGGCAAACUAACAGAUCCACAGAUGGAUAUGUUUAGGAAUUCUUGUUUUGAUAAAUAACUUAGAAUGCAGCAAUUGGAUGUACAAGCACAGAUUUUUCGGUGCUUUAUGGUCAAAGAACUUAGGGGCAGUACAUAUAGGUGCUUUACAUUUGAAAUAAAUGGUAAAGUUCUGCGUUUUGGCUUUAAAGAAUUUGCACUGAUCACUGGGCUAGAUUGUGUAUCUGAUGAAAAUGAUUUUGUUUAUGAUAACUCAAAACCGAAUAGGCUUAUGGUUGAGUAUUUUGGUAGAAAUCAGGAGAACCAAUUGCCAGUUAAAAGACACGAGCUUAUUGAGUGUUUCAACAAGACUGUCUGGGAUGAUAAAGGGGAUGACGCAGUCAAGAUGGCAAUAUUGUAUUUCAUAAAUACGUGGGUACAUUGUGGUGAGCCGAACUCAACAAACAUACCAAGGAUCCAUUUUGAUGUUGUAGAGGACGGGAAAUAUAAUGAGUAUCCUUGGGGUAAAGAUUCGUUUAGAGAGUUGGUUGUAAGCAUCAGGCAGACAUAUGCUGGUUUUAAGAAAUAUUAUAGGAUUCAUGGUUUGCCGCUUGCUAUGCAAGUAUGGUUGUAUGAAUGUUGCUCAAAAGUCCCGUCCACCAUUGCAGUUAAGACGGGGAAUUUAAUUCCUAGAAUUUUGAACUGGCGGACUACGGAAGGAAAACCAGAAUUCAAGAGAUUGAUGGAUGGCAUGUUCAGAGACGAUAAAAAUCCGUCCUGUAGAUUUGAGGAAGUUGUGCCAACACCCCAUGAGUUGGAAACUCUUAAAUUGCCUCAUGUUGCACAUGACAUACCAGACGUCAAACAUGGAGUUGAUGGUGUACAUGGUACUGAUUUGGUAGACGAUGAUUACGAUAAUUUUAGUACCACACCACCGCAUCUGUCCAGUGGCAAACAACAACAAAGGAGUGCCAAUUCUGAUUCCCCGCGAGGCAAGAAACGGACGCAAUUUCCAGUUUCUGUUCCUCCUUCCAGGAAACAACCAUCACGGAAGGAAUCUGGGAUAAAAGGGACAAGGAAACCAGAUGCACCUACAGCACCCCGAACAGAUGAGUUUAAACUGAUAAGGGAAGAGAUUCGGAUUUUCAAGAAAGAAGUGUUUGACUACAUGGAUAACAACUUCAAAAAGUUGUUAGAUGCAAUAAAGGGCAAUCAAACACCAGAUAAGGUCGGCGACACAAUGUUAAAAGCUGACUUACAUAGUGAUGGUGGGAUUUCUCAAGGCAAUCAAAGUGGUGGUGCAGUAAAGCUUUCAACCAAAGAGAAUCAAGGUGGCGGUGCCACUUCCGCGCAGAGGAGUCAUCCAGUUGAGGGAGUUGGGUUGCCAAUUAAUGAUCCGGUUUCUGUUGUUGACGUGGAUAAAGAAACCGGAGUUAAAAGUGAUGCACAAACAGAUGGAGUGCCCAUAACACCAAUCCAUUUAAAUUUUGAUGAAUCUCAGCAAAUCGGCGAUAUGGAGAAUGCUAAUGCUGAAUUUACCGCAUCAGAGGAAAUGGUAGCGGACUUGCUAAUCAACUGCCCUUUAGCAUGUGUUAUUCCUCUUGGUCCUCCUCCAGUACCACGCGAUGAUCAAAACGAUUUGUCAAGUUUAAGGACUCCUCAGAAUGUGGACAAUAACCCGGUAACCAUCUCUCAGUGGAUGAUUCCUGAUUCUCAGAUACCAAUCCAACUUGGAGUACAACCAACAACCGGACAAAGUUCAACUAAUGAAACUGAACAGCAAGUUGGAGUACAACCGAUAGUUGGCCACAGUUCAAGCGAUGAAACUGGACAACAAGUUCCCGUACAACCAAAUGUGGGCCAAAGCUCAAGUGGUGAGACUGCACAGUUUUCAAACUCUGAAAAACAGAUCAUUGUCCAUCCAGGUGCUGCCCGGGAAAGGAAACCAAGCAAAUAUAACCUGUCCCCUUAUUGUCCCAAUUUCAGCUCAGCGGGUUCUUCUGCCAAAAAUAUCGGUCCUUGCAUUUAUCAGAAAAAACACCCAUUUGUUUACCACCCUAUAAAUGCCCCGUUAGAUACUUCGUUUCUUCAAGAAUAUCAAAAGUGGCUUGAGAAGGAUCUGUUGAAAUCGCAUGACAAAAGGAAGCCAAAUGAAAAUCAUUACAGAAAGAACAAGGAAGGACUCGAUCCUGCGGAUGCCGAACUUCGGUUGCAUUUAGGCGUUACAGCCGUAGCCGACAAAAACUGGUUCUACUUGUUAUCUAUGGAUGGGCAACUUUGGACUGAUGAGCAUAUUGAUGUUAUUUUCUACUACUUACGCAAGAAGGGGAAGUAUCACAAUAACAGCAACUAUAGAUUCACCACUGCCAGCUGUAUUUUUCACACUUUAGUUGCUGAAAUUUACAAAUCUUGGGAAAACCCUGAUUCAUCCACAUGUGUCGCCAGUAAGGAAGAUGAACUGUGUGAGUACAUUAACGGGCACAGGCUGUUGGCUAAUGUACCAUGGUAUACUGUUGACAACGUACUAAUUCCUGUCAACAUAAAAGAGGAAAAUCACUGGAUUUUGGUUGUGAUAUCAUUCACUGACAGGUCCAUCUACGUAUACAACUCAUACCGAGCUGCAGGGCAUGAUGCUGUCGUUAGAGUCGGAGUGAAAAUGUUGGCUACUCUAGUGACACAUAGUCUACAAAUGACUGAUUUCUAUGAGAAGAAGGCGGAUAUAGAUUUUGUCACACAUCCUUCUUACAGAAAUAGAGAACAGACCGACAACUUUGACAUUGUGAAUGUAGACAAUCUCCCGCAACAAGCUCCCUCUAGCAUGGAUUGUGGUGUGUAUGUGGCAGCCUUCGCUGAAUACUUGAGCUCAAGUGCAGUCAUCCCAACCGAAUUCGAUGCAAAGUUACUCCGUAUGAGAUAUGGUGCCCUUUUAUGCGACUAUGCAUGGGAUAAGUCAAACAACAAUGCAUCAAGUGAUAACGAGCAGCCUCCAAGACCAAUUAGACCGGCAGUUGAUUACGAUGCAGUUGAUAAAGAGGAUCUUGAUUAGGCCACCAAUUCAUUUGUCUUUUUGAUUUUCAUGUUGAACAAUAGCAUAGUUGGUUGCGACUUUUGUUGCUGUUUUUUCAUUUUGGAUAUAUUGUUUCAUGUGUAGUAAUCUUUUUUAGGAUGAUUAAUAUUGAACACCACCUUAUGGUUUUUAUAUUGUUGUUU